CUUGAUCCCGGUCUCAGUUCAUACCCGACUUUAGAUUGAGUUGCAUAAACUUCUAAAAACUAGAGAAAUGAAUUUUCGAACAUUUUUUAUCUGUCUUGUUUUCGUUGUGGGUGCAGCGGUCACUCCAACCUUGGCUGAGGAACCUUUGCUUGAAUUAGGGGAUGGAUUAGUUCAAGGUUCUACCGAAAAUUCGAGAGGUGGUAGAGUAUUCUAUCAAUUCAAGGGAAUUCCGUUCGGAAAAAUUGGUGAGAGAUUCCAGGCAUCCGUCCCUGCUGAUAAAUGGUCAAAUGUCUUUAAUGCGACUGCUUUUGGCCCAGUCUGCGCCCAAUUUGACUGCAUGAAUGGAAAAUACACUGGAGAAGAGGAAUGUCUAAACUUGAAUGUUUUCACUCCAAAGUUACCCCAAUCUGGCCAUCCAACGAAACUGUACCCAGUCGUCGUCCUUCUUCACUUGGGCAACCACUUUUUCGGUUCGUCACAACAAUACAAUCCGCAUUACUUGAUGGACCAAGAUAUCAUCCUGGUCACGCCAAACAGUCGCCUUGGCCUGUUCGGUUAUUUGAACACUGGAGAUAAAAAUGCUCCUGGAAACAUGGGACUUCGGGAUCAAAGCCUCGCCUUGAAAUGGGUUCAGAGGAAUAUUCACAAAUUUUCUGGAGACUGGGAGAGGGUCACGUUAAUGGGGGCAGACUCUGGCGGAGCAGAUGUCCUUUUCCACCUCAUGAAUCCGGAGGACAAAGGGCUAUUUCAUCGCGCAGUUGUUAUGAGCAGUACAAUUAAUUCAUGCACAUUCGUAAAAGAUCCAGCAGCUCAGGCUAAAAAGAUGGCCGAGCAGGUUGGAUGUCCAAAUAGUUCGAAAUCGGACGAGUUUGUGAAAUGCUUGAAAAAAAUGGGACCACUUGAGAUUCUCAAAAAAAUGAAAGUUCCAACCGGUGACAUGACAGAUUUCUCGGCGAUGGAGGAUUUUGCAAUGUUUGGUCCAUCAGUAGAUGGAAAAGGUGGAAUUCUUCCAAAGCAUCCGUUCGAAAUUAUAAAAAGUGGAAAGGUCCCGAACAACGUGCCAUUAAUUAUUGGUACUACCGCCUUGGAUGGGAUAGACCCUGCAACUGCCAUGUUUCUCAAUGAUACGGCCUUUUAUAACAAAAUGAUAAAAAAUUGGACCGAGUAUGGCCCUCUAAUUCUUGACUUUAAAGACGCCAAAAAUUCCGUUGGAAUGGCAAACCAAGUUUUUGACUUUUACUCCAAGAAUGGAACCCUUUCCAACGAAGGCUUCGCUGACAUGUUCACCGACAAGUAUUUCGAAUACUUUUUGAAAUUUAUUCUGAAGAGUUGGGACGGCGUUGUCCCAAUGUACGUGUACCGAUUCAACCACACAGAGACGCAUAAUCGGGCAGUGGACAUUAUUGGGUACCAUAAUAUGCCUAAAGGUCCAGGACAUUGGGAUGAUCUCCAAUACUUGUUUAACAUGUCAAACUCGUUCAUGAUCCCAGUAACGAAUGAAGACUCAGCACCAGUUGAGUACAUCUUGUCCAAAGGAAUGGUUCGAAUGUGGACUUCAUUUUUUGAAGAUGGGAAACCAAGCACACCUUGGGGAGAAGGGAAGGAAUGGGAGCAGUUCCAUUUUGAUGCAACUCAACCCAACAAAGUUUAUGAGGUGGAUGUCAUGCCUAAAAUGGUGAAAAAUACGGAAGUUUUCCAAAAGCGAAUGGCAUUUUGGGAUACCAUUUACGAAAACGAUCUGACAAAGUCAAUCUAAUUCGAGGAGUUUAUAAUGUGAAAUUUAUGCCUUCAUACAAAUUCUCAAUACUAGGUGCAACUUUUAUUUCUCUUUUGCUGCUAUUCUAACAUGGAUAAAUUUAGUGAAUUAAGCUUAAUGUGCAUUCAAAAAAUAAAAAUUGAAGAUUUUUAAACUGA